AUGCGUAUAGAACUAGAGACUAGCAUAUGGUGCAUACAUGCAUCCAUUGACCAGUAUGCACAUAGCCAACUGAAUCACAACGAAUCUGUCUGCCAGUGUCCUCCUGCAAAUGAUGCGAUUCGGCCAGUCUACCAGGAACGUGUGGAGGGCGACCAGAUAUGUUGCCAGCUCAACGGGAGUCAGGGCGGGGAGGAAGUGGUUUUCGGGCCAGUGCCAAUUUGCAUGGAUGUUUACGCUUCGUGCAAACUGACAUGGAAGGAGAGUGAGAUCGAGGGCGAAUCAGAGGGUAGAAUGGCAAUACCAGGACAGAGAAUCAGUGCACAAAGCGAGCCAGGAUUAUGUACCUUCCCGGAAUGGCGGCAGCCUAGCGCCCCUCCCUCCAUCAUUCUGUCCGGACAGCAAGCACGUCUUCCUGAGUUGGUGCAUUAA